AUGGCUCAAACUCCUCAACAACGCCGCGCAAACGAAAGGUUUGCUAAGAACGAGGCCGCCAAGCGCGGCAAAGGGCCAUCCGUGUCGAAGCCUAAACAACAGAACAAGUCGCCUGUCUCAACCAGCUGGGUUGUAAUUUUGGCCUUUGUUGUGUGCGGAGGCCUCCUUCUGGAGCUGCUCAGGAUCGUCCCUGAGAUCUGGAAUACCGUGGCCUCGAUGCUCUCCCGAAUCACAGGGUAG